GACCUUGACUGUUUCUACGCGCAGGUGGAGCAGCAGAGACGGCCCGAGCUGAAGGACAGGCCUCUAGGCGUCACGCAGAAAUUUCUGGUGGUGACUGCCAAUUAUGCCGCUCGAGGUCGAGGAGUUCCCAAGAUGGCCUCCAUUGAUGAUGCUCGAACCAGGUGUCCAGAAAUCGUGCUGGUCAAUGGGGAGGACCUCACGCCCUACAGGGCAGCCAGCAAGAAGAUCUUCUCUGUCUUCUCUCGAUUUGGAACCCUGGAAAGGCUCGGAUUGGACGAGGCGUUUGUGGACCUAUCACCUCAAGUGGCAUCCAUGGUGGCAGCAGGAAGCUUCAAGGAAGGCUUCCUUGGGCACGUGGAGAGGGGUGCAGCAGCUGAGAUUGAAAGGGAAGGCGGACGAGGAAGUGAGAAUGGUCGUUGUCUGUUUCUGGGGCCAGGAGAGUGCCACUUGGCAGCUGGCAGUUGGCUGGCCGGUCAGGCAAGGCGAGCAGUGGAGGAGGAGACGGGGUAUCAAAUGUCAUGUGGGGUGUCGCACAAUAAAAUGCUAGCCAAGCUUGUGAGCUCGCGCCACAAGCCCAAUGACCAGACGACACUUGUCGCGUCCGCAGCCAUGGAUUUCAUCUCCAAUCUGCCCGUCAGGAAGGUGCCAGGUGUCGGCAGGCGAUUGGAGGAGCAGCUUGCCUCCAGGGGUGUGACUGUAAUGAAGGGUCUUCUCACCUUCUCUCUUCAAGACCUGCAGAUAUGGCUCGGCCCGAAGCUAGCGCCAUUCCUCUUUGGUGCGUGCCGAGCCUACGACCCCACGCCUGUAACAUUCAAGGGUCCAGCCAAGAGCGUAUCAGUAGAGGAUUCGUUCCCUCCCAUCCACUCCCUCGCACAGGCUAAGCCCAUAGUGCAAAGCCUGCUACCUGACCUGCUCGCACGCAUAGAUGAGGAAUGGGAGGAGACGAGGAGACGACCGAAGACGUUCACUGUGAAGUGGAGGAAGAGAGAGAAGGAGUACAGGUUCACAUCUGCCUCGUGCCCCAUGCCUCCGCAAGCCCUCUCCCCCUCCACCCCUCCCGCCCUACGCCUCUCCUCUCUCCUCCACCUCGCUUCCUCCCUCCUCUCCCGCGCCUUCCCUUCCCCUCCAGCAGCAUCACCUGCUACCAGUGCAGCAGUAGCAAGCCAUAAUGCAGCAUCCUAUUCUAUGGUACCAGUACCCGCUGCUGCUGCUGCUGCUGCAGCUACCAGUGCAGCAGGUAUUGCCGCACACACCAGAGCUGCUGCUACUGCGUCUGCUGCUGCUGGAGAGGCCGCGUUUCGUCUCCUCCCAGUGAUGGUGAUCAACGUGGGUGCAACGAAUUUCGUCUCCUCUUCUCAGCUGUCCCAGUCUGGCCAGCCAGGUGGCACUGCUGCUGCUGAUGUUGUCGCUCCUGGUGGUGGGAGCUUGCACACGUGGCUCAAACGUAAACCACAGGGAGGAGGCUCAGGGGAGGUGGUAGCUGGAGCGACAGAUUUGACUCGAAGGUAUGCGGAGGUACACGGAGGGGCAACGCGGAGCGGUGGGAUGGCUUGUGUGGUGGAGAGUGGUUCCCCUCAGGUGCUGCCAGUGAGGAGGGAUGCUGCUGGGAGUAUGGAUCGGUGGGUGAAGCCACGAGCAGGGGGUGUUGAGCAGAUGUUACAGGGGGAGGGGAAGCAGAGAGAUCGGAGACGGGAGAAUGAUGAGAUGUCUGUAAGUGACGUGGUACCCGGUAACGAAAGCGGACGCCCUCAGGUGCUGCCACUUGAGAGGGCUGUUGCUGCUGGGAGUAUGGAUCGAUGGGUGAAGCCACGAGGAGUGAAGGCAGGGCAGGUUGUACAGCGGGGAAGGGAGCAGAGAUAUUGGAGAGAGGAGGAAGAUGAGAUGCGAAGGAGAGUGGGUGGUGAGAGGCUGUGCUCUCAGGUGUUGCCACUGAGGAGGGCUGGGAGUGGGUACUUGGAACGGUGGCUGGGACCUCGAAUGGGUUUAAAAGAGAGUGGAGAGGACAAGGAGGAGGUGAUGCAGGGUGAGGUGGCGCAGAUUAAUAUGCUUACGGUGGAAGAGCAGGCGAGGGAUUGUGAGGGUGAGAAGGUGAGGGAUGGUGAAGGGGAGAAGGUGAGGGAUGGUGAAGGGGAGAAGGUGAGGGAUGGUGAAGGGGAGAAGGUGAGGGAUGGUGAAGGGGAGAAGGUGAGGGAUGGUGAAGGGGAGAAGGUGAGGGAUGGUGAGGGGCGGAAGGUGAGGGAUGGAGAUGAGGAGAAAUACUCUGUUCCGGUGAUGCAGAAUGGUGGGGGUGUUGCAGAAGUGGUUCGAUACUUGAUGCCUGUCGACAAGGAGGGAGGUGGUUUAUGUCAGCCUGCAGAUAUAGACCUUGGUGCAAACUGUGCAACCGCUGGUGACACCACGUGUGCGACUGCAUGUGACACGUGGACGUCGAACGGUUCUGCAUGCGAGGUGUGGAGGUGCGAGGAAUGUGGGAAGCAGAUUGAGGUGGAGGGGGUGGAGGAGCACCUCGCGAUGGUCGAGCAUUUCGGGCGGUUCGUCCGCGCGCUCGACCCGGGCUGCUACUGCGUCCCCUGGUGCUGCUGCUACCGCACCGCGGGGCUCAUGAGUCUUCGCAUCAACCAACUCGACGUGCGCUGCGAGACUAAAACGAAGGACAACGUGUUCGUGACGGUCGUCGCGUCGAUUCAGUAUCAAGCCAUCCGCGAACAAGUCGAAGACGCGUUCUACCGCCUCGCCGACCCGCAGGCGCAAAUCCGGUCCUACGUCUUCGACGUCGUGCGAAGCAGCGUUCCAAAGAUGGAACUAGACGAGGUGUUCAUAUCAAAGAACGAGAUUGCGCAAAACGUGGAACAGGAGCUCGAAAAGGCCAUGCACGACUAUGGCUACCGUAUCGUGCAGACGCUGAUAGUGGACGUAGAGCCAGAUGAGCGAGUCAAGGUGGCCAUGAACGAAAUCAACGCAGCCCAGCGCAUUCGGCAGGCGACGCAGGAGAAGGCGGAGGCGGAGAAAAUUCUGCAGGUCAAGAAGGCGGAGGGCGACGCCGAGGCUAAGUAUCUCGCUGGCGUGGGUGUGGCUCGGCAGCGACAGGCCAUUGUGGAUGGGCUGCGAGAGAGCGUGAUGGGAUUCUCCUCGCAGGUUCCUGGAACCACCGCCAAGGACGUGCUUGACAUGGUAAUGCUGACUCAGUACUUUGACACAAUGAGGGACAUCGGAGCCAACAACAAGUCUUCCACUAUUUUCAUUCCACAUGGGCCAGGAAACGUGGGUGAUAUUUCUGCACAAAUAAGGGAUGGCCUCACUCAAAGUAUUGUGGCCUCUAAGAAUGUGUAG